AUGGCAAAAAAUGCUGUGGAUGAUUAUGUUUGCUCUACCAGUUGGGAUUCCGACCUAACAAGACCUGUCCCCUCUAAAUGGGUUCCACCACCCCUUGGAAUUCACAAAGUGAAUGUUGAUAAUGCAUCUUCAGAACAAGAUAAUUUUUCCAGUGUGGGAGUUACCAUUAGAGACAACAAUGGUCAAGUUGUGGGUGCUCUUUGCUUGCCACUCCAGUCUUAUUAUUCUACUAAGCUUACAGAAGUCUUUGCAUUAGAGCAAGGUGUCCUUCUUGCUCGAGAACUUCAGUUGCCUCGGGUUAUCUUUGAAUCAGACUCUUUGGCUGUCAUUCAAGCAAUCAAUGAUAAGGCUAUGGGAAGCACCUUUGGGCACCUUAUUCUGGGAAUUUUUCAGGUUUGUGAUUCUUUCGAGUCUUGCCAUUUCAAGCACCUAAGCAGAAACUACAACACAGUGGCUCACGAGCUCGCUUAA